AUGCCUCCCAAUGCCAUCGCCCCCCUGCACAGCGCGGUGAUUCACCGGCAGGUGGGCGCCCUCCGCGGGGCUGGGCGUCGCCCCGCAGAGCCCGGCCAGCCCAAGCGGUCCCCUGUGCGCCAGCAUCGACUGUCACUUUCGAGCCUAACUUGUGGCGGUCCACUCCGGGAUGUUCCUGUGGGGAUUGCCAACGCCAGGGCGUCAUCCUCAUCUCUGGAGACUGGCGGAUCGGGCCCGGAGGGCAGGGGAGGCGAGGAGGCUGGGGAUGCGAUUAGGAGGGCCGGGGAGGAGGUGUCGACAUCUGAGGCAGCGGAGGAUUGGGAAUCAAAUUCGGGCGAAGCUGGGCAUGAUGAGGAAUCGGAACUCGAGGAAGGGGCCCGAGUGGUGGAUGGGGUUUUGAUUCCGGCCAGGUACGCGCACCUGCCGGUGAAGGAGGCGCUGAGGCGGAUGCGAAUAGGCGCGGGGAAUACAGGGUUGGUGCCGUGGAACAAGGGGAUGAAGCUGUCGACAGAUAUGCUAGAGAAAAUAAAGCUGAAGACUUUAGAGGCAAUGCAGAGACCUGAAGUGAAGGCGAAAAUUGCAGGGAGGAAGAGGAAGCCACAUACUGCUGAAGCAAGGGAAAAGAUCAGGGCUGCAAUGAAGGCACACCACAUCAAAAUGCGCAAGGAACUGGGCAUCGAAAUGACUGUUCGUGAGAGAGCGAAACUGAAGAGGCAGGAGAGGCGGCAGAGGCAGAGAGAGUUGGCUGAACAGAAGGCCGCAAAGCGGGCUGGGGAGCCUCGCUCGAGGGGCACCAAGAAGAGGCAGAAAAGGAGUGAGGCGCAUCGCCGGAAGAUCAGCGAGGCCAUAAGGCGCAAGUGGCAAGAGCCGACCUACAGAGACCAAAUGAUACAGAGCAUACAGGCUGGCCAAGAAAAGAGGCUGGAAACAGCAAAGGUCAAUGCUCCUAUUCGUGAGAGAGUCAAGGGCAUGAUGCAGCAAGCCCAAGACGAGUUGGAGCUGGAGAGGAAGAGGAAAUUCAAGGAGGUCUCGGGGAUAGUGUCCAAGUUGGAGCUGGAGAUCAACAGCCUAGAGGCACAGCGUUUCAUUCACAGUGCCGAGAAAGACAUGGAGACGGUGGCCGAGAUUGACAAGGUACUGGAAGAGGCCAGGGGAGUGCUGCAGCAAGUAAAGGGCCUCCUGGAGCCUCUCACGCAAAAGAUGGGCUCUGUUGCCGCUGACUCUGAAGGGGACAGCACCAAUGGCAAUGGUUUUGCCUAUAAUGGGACAGCGGACAGCAGCGCAACAGAUGACUUGAACAACAGUGUGCGUUUCCGCAAACUGCUGUAG